UUGGAAAAAACACCAAAACACAACCCAAAUAAGCAACCCCCAACAUACAAACCCCAACAACCCUUCUGAAGACUUGUGUCAAAUGACGUCAAUGGCCAGUUUGUUCUCCUUUACUAGCCCAGCUGUAAAGCGUCUGUUGGGCUGGAAACAAGGAGAUGAAGAGGAAAAAUGGGCAGAAAAAGCUGUUGAUGCUUUGGUUAAAAAACUGAAAAAGAAAAAGGGUGCUAUGGAAGAACUGGAGAAAGCCUUGAGCAGUCCAGGCCAGCCCAGCAAGUGUGUUACUAUCCCUCGUUCUUUGGAUGGACGACUGCAGGUGUCUCACAGGAAAGGCCUUCCCCAUGUCAUUUACUGUCGGGUUUGGCGCUGGCCUGAUCUGCAAAGCCAUCACGAGCUGAAGCCAUUGGAUAUUUGUGAAUUUCCUUUUGGAUCUAAACAGAAGGAAGUCUGCAUCAAUCCAUACCACUACAAGAGAGUGGAGAGCCCAGUUCUACCUCCAGUGUUAGUGCCUAGACAUAGUGAAUUCAAUCCACAGCACAGCCUGCUAGUUCAGUUCCGGAACCUAAGCCACAAUGAACCACACAUGCCACACAACGCGACCUUUCCAGACUCCUUCCAGCAGCCCAACAGCACUCCAUUUUCCAUUUCACCAAACAGUCCCUACCCACCAUCUCCAGCCAGCAGCACUUACCCAAGCUCCCCAGCCAGCUCUGGGCCGUCCAGUCCCUUUCAGCUACCGGCUGAUACUCCACCUCCUGCAUAUAUGCCCCCUGAUGAUCAGAUGGGGCAGGAUAAUUCUCAAUCAAUGGACACAAGCAAUACAAUGAUCCCUCAAAUCAUGCCAAAUAUAUCUACCAGAGAUGUUCAGCCUGUUGCCUAUGAAGAACCCAAACACUGGUGUUCAAUUGUGUAUUAUGAAUUAAACAAUCGUGUUGGGGAGGCCUUUCAUGCAUCUUCUACAAGCGUCUUAGUAGAUGGAUUUACAGACCCCUCCAAUAACAAGAACAGGUUCUGCUUAGGUUUGCUGUCCAACGUGAACCGCAACUCGACGAUUGAGAACACAAGGCGGCACAUUGGAAAAGGAGUUCAUCUCUACUAUGUUGGUGGGGAAGUCUAUGCUGAGUGUUUAAGUGAUAGUAGCAUAUUUGUACAGAGCAGAAACUGCAACUACCACCAUGGCUUUCAUCCCACAACUGUAUGCAAGAUUCCUAGUGGAUGCAGUCUGAAAAUCUUCAACAAUCAGGAAUUUGCUCAGCUUUUAGCCCAGUCUGUCAACCAUGGAUUUGAAGCAGUGUAUGAGCUCACCAAAAUGUGCACCAUUCGAAUGAGCUUCGUCAAGGGCUGGGGAGCCGAAUAUCACCGACAGGAUGUCACAAGCACCCCGUGCUGGAUAGAAAUUCACCUUCAUGGGCCCCUUCAGUGGCUGGAUAAAGUACUCACACAAAUGGGUUCUCCUCUGAAUCCCAUCUCCUCUGUCUCCUAGUGCUGAAACUGAACCUCUAGCCUCGUUUUUAGCGAACUGAUUCUAAUUCUAGAGAAAACUUCCAGUGUGGAUAUACUGUGAGCUAUAUGGAGAAUGGAUCUUACAGUUUAACUUUUUGGUUUUUAAAUCCCUUUGUGACCAAUGCCAUUGUGUAUAGCUAAUCAGUUUUACAUUUCAAUUUGUUCUUGUGAUGCUUAAGUGACAGUUG